AUGUUAGGUGGAUUAAAUAUGAAAUCAGCCUCAUCGUUAUUAAGCAAGUCGAAUCGCCGUACUCAUCACCCACCGGCACAUGCAUCAUUGAACCUGUCAGCUGCAGUUGAUUGGCGCAAAUCAGAUGCUGUCACUCCAGCAGACAGCCAGCAACAAUGUGGUUCAUGUUACGCUUUUAUGUCAUUAGGAACACUUGAAGGACAACAUUUCAUAAAGACAGGCAAAUUGAUACCAUUGUCAGUACAGAAUAUUCUGGAUUGUUCCGGCAAAUAUGGUAAUAUGGGCUAUAAUGGAGGACUAAUGGAUGCUUCAUUUCAAUAUAUCAAGGAUAACAAAGGUGUAGACGCAGACGCUAGCUAUUCAUACGAAGCAGUAGAUGGCAAAUGUCGUUUCAAACGAGAAAAUGUAGCCGCCACCGAUACUGGUUUUAUUGAUAUUGAGAAGGGAAAUGAAACCGCGCUAACAAUAGCUAUUGCUACAGUGGGACCAAUUUCAACUGCAAUGGAUGCUUCCCAGCCAUCUUUUCAAUUCUAUUCAUCUGGUGUAUAUGACGAACCCAAGUGUACUUCAGACUUGGAUCACACUUUGGUUCUUGUUGGAUAUGGUACAGCAACGAAUGGUACGAAAAAACAAGAUUAUUAUAUAUAA